AUGUCCUUUCGUAGUAUCGAUGUUGAUGCCUUGGACGAAGAACAAUUAGUUCAGGAUGAGCUAUUCGGCUUUUCUGAAGGAGCAAUAAUUGAACCUGAGGUGGCUUUAGUUAACGUUAAGACUAAAAGUGUUGAGGUUAGAAACUUACUGACGAGGGGUAAAGCCGAAGAUGCAUUGGCAACAGCUAUGGACAAUCCACCUUAUGGUCUAAACACGACGGAAGCUAAGGAUCUAAAUACAAAAAUGGUCAUGGAGGUUCUCAAUUCUAUUAAAGCCGCGGAUGUUCCAUCUCUAGUUAAAAACUUAUCAACCGAACAGCAAGAUGUUUUGAUGAAAUAUAUUUAUCGCGGAAUGGCGUCACCCGAAUUAUACAACUCUGCCGUGUUGUUGAAUUGGCAUGAGAAGUCGGUGAGAUCAUUUUUAACAUCCGUGUUAGCGACCGAAUCAACACCUUUCGAUUCCUCGAACGCCUUAAAGUCACCAAAGUCGUUGGGCGACGGUGACCUCCUAGCUGCUCUACUGCCGGAGGACAAUGAUGAGUUAUGUUUGUGUUUGAAAAAUGACGCCGGCGGUGGUGGUG